GGCACAUAUAGAAGAUCUUUGCAGCAGUAGUUCCUGAUCAGACUUCUCUAAAACUGUCAUUGUUGGCUCUGUGUGUGAUCCUGUCUCCUUGUGUUACCGGUUGAACUCCCAUCAUACACUUCCACUUCUCCCUGUUAUUGCUGUCAUGAAUGACUUUAACUUAGUCUACAUUAUACUCGGCAUCAUCUUCUGGUGCUGUUUCUUCACCUGUAGCUGUCUGUGCAGGAGCGCUGCUAAUCCAAACUCUGAGGUGGCUAAUGCUACCCAAACCUUGGUCACCGCCACGCCUCAGCAGUACCCACAGCGGUACCCUCAGUACCCAAUUACAAUACCUGGGCCCUCACAGUCCUAUCAGAGAGUCCCCUACCAGGCAGUACCAGGGUACCCUGGUUACCCAGCUAUGCCUGGCAAUCCAGCUGUGCCCAUGACCACACCACUCAACCAUGAACAGCCAUUAACACCACCACCAUCGUAUCAGGACGCAAUUGGUCCCGCCUAUCCUCUGCAACCAAUCAACCAAUCUUCCAGCCAGCCAGAGUACCAUUCGAAGCCUCCAGCCCAGCCGCAGCCCAAUGCUCUAACUGACAGCUCAGACUUCCUCGCCAGCUCGGCACACAACCAGGAAUUUGUUCUACCCUAUAGGCUGGAUACUUAGUGUAUCAAUCAGACACAAAAACGCUGCAACAUUUUCAAAUUUGGCUCAAUUGGGAGUAUGUGCUUUGAAUGAAGAAGAAGGAACUCCAGAAUAACUUGCUUCUUUUAUUUUGAUGGCUACAUGUGGGAAUGUUAGGACAGUAAUGGUGCACCAGCUGUGUUCAACAGUUUAAAACAUAUUUUUGGAUAUGUGUGCGAAAUGUAGUAAGCAUAUACACUACAAACUGCAGUCAUUUUGUUAUUGUUGUUGUUUUUUUCUAAACAGUUUUCAAUGGCUCUAUCUUGGGUAUUUUGGGAAAUUAAACAUGAGAUCACCAUUUCUGGAUAUUUUGCAUAAAAAAGCAGAUUUUUGCUCAUAUAGCUGAAAAGUAAAAUGGAAUUGUCAAAGAAACCUGCAAACAGUGCAUCUCUAAUGUCCGUGGACAUCAAAUCUUUGCCAUCUGCCAUCUUAUUGCACACUCAUGAAAUGCUUUGAACCUUUUUUCCCCCCUGUACUUGUGUGCAUUGCCUUGGAAGUCGUGUUACAUGUGAAAAUGUCAUGUCAGUUGACCACCUGUGUUUAAUUCAUUAUUUAAUUCACCUGUGUCAAUUUGACAAACUAAGCCUUUUACACAGGGAAAGUUGUUGUGUGUUACGUUUUUUGUGUUCACAUGGACAGAAGACUUCCCUGCUAAGGUUUUUUUUGCCCCAUCUUAUAGCCUCAUUUCCAAAAUGGUUGGAAACGCUGUGCAAAGUGUAAACAAAUACUGAAUGCAGUGAUAUGCAAAUAACAUAAAGCUCAAAUUUAAAACAG